AACCACAAAUCUCGGCAUUGUAGACUACCAGUUACCCGACGACACCCAUAACCUCUACGACGUAACCUUCUUCACCGAUCAAAUCCACACUCUCGUCACUUGCUCUCCCUUCCUUGUUGACUCCUGGAUCUCCGAAAUCACACCCAUCCAUCUUCCCCUUCUCCACCCCCUCAUCGUCGGCCUCGACAUCGAGUGGCGACCCAACAACAACCGUUUCCACGAUAACCCCGCCGCCAUUCUCCAACUCUGCGUCGGCUGCCGAUGCCUCAUCUUCCAACUCAUCUACUCCCCCGAAAUCCCCCAAUCCCUCUUCGACUUCCUCAGCAACCCUAUCUACACUUUUGUGGGUGUGGGUAUUCACACCGAUGUCGACAAGUUGACUGAGGAUUAUGGGUUGUCUGUGGCCACCCCUGUUGAUCUUCGCUCCUUGGCGGUUGACUGCGGCAUGAUCGAGCUUCGCAAUGCGGGGUUGAAGACCUUGGCGAGAGAGGUGCUGGGGAAGGAGAUUGAGAAGCCCAAGAGGAUUACGAUGAGUAGGUGGGACAAUAAGUGGCUCUACCCUGAACAGGUUCAGUAUGCUUGUAUUGAUGCUUUUCUUUCUUUUGAGAUUGGAAGGUGCUUGAAUGCAGGGUUUUAGAUUUAUUAUGAGAGUACUAUGCAUCGGGGUUUUAGAUAUUAGAAGUAAUAUAAUAUGGGUUUAAAUUUGUAAUUAGGAUCUCUGUUUGAUGGAUUUGGAUGGUGGGUUUUGUUUACUAGUUGGAGAAAUUUAUUAUGAUUUGCAAUUUGGGCAUGUUUAAUGAUUGAUUGAUAUGUUCUCUACUUCUAUCUUGUUGGGAAAAUAUAUGAUUCUUGAUGCCUGUGUUGCAUUAUACUAA